CUAGUUAUUACUGGCGGUUGUACACACUAGCUUGAAGCGGUGUGUUUCUCGGUUUCACUCGUCGUCCGUUCCGGUUGAUGCUGCUAAUAAUAAAGAAAGUAGCAUUUUUGCACAUGACAUUUUAACCCCCGGUGCUAAAACCAUACCGGCCAGAUGAGUGGGCCAUUCACCUCCCCCUCUGCAGAGGUGGCUGAGAUGAACCGCAUCCAUUAUGAGAUGGAGUACACAGAGGGCAUCAGCCAGCGCAUGCGAAUCCCCGAGACCCUCAAGGUGGUCUCAGGAAACCAGACAGGGUCACUGUCACUUCAGCAGCCCCUGCCUAUUCACACAACCCUGAUGCAGGUGCCAGAGAGGAUCAUCGUAGCAGGUGACUUUUCUCGUCCUCGAGACUUGGACCUGAUUCAGUCGGUCCCUGCCAUGGACCUCUUGAACAUGAAGGCCCCACCGCGUAUCCUCACUCUUACAGAGCAGCCACUGGACUCCCUUGAAACUGAACAAACUGCCGCUUCACAAAGCAAUCCCAGCCAGGCAGCUCACUUUCACGCUCGAUCUCGAAGGGAACGCAGUGCGAGUGAGAACAUACCUGGCCGCCUCAGCAGUCAGAUUGUCAGAGGUGAUAUAAGUGUAACCCCUUCCCCUUCUGCCCCCCCAGUCCGGUUGUGUCCCCCCCUCUGUUCCCCUGAGGAUGCGAACAUCAACCUGUUUACAGCUGCGGGGUUCAUGUCUUAUCUCCAGUCAACAACACGCCGGGCGUACCACCAGGUCAUUGAGGUGCUGGACGACAGCCACCGCAGGACACAUCUGGAGCUGGCCCUGGAUAUAAACCCUGAUGAGUCGGGCUUAGUGGACGCCUCCUCACUAAGACGACAGAUUGUGAAGUUGAACCGGCGUCUGCAGCUGCUGGAGGAAGAAAACAAAGAACGCUCCAAGCGAGAGGUGAUCCUGUAUUCUGCCACGGUGGCAUUCUGGCUCAUUAACACCUGGAUCUGGUUCCGUCGCUAAGAUUGGACAAGACUCAGUCUCCCAAAACACUGGAAGCCAAAGCAAUUCCUUGUUAAAGGUGCAACCAUUGAAUUACAGUACGAGUCUUUACCACAGGACACUACAACUACAUUAACAAAUGUCCUCCACCACAAUCCUUCUGCAGCUAAUUCGGGAUUUCACUUGCAAAUUUCAAACAUGGACCCUAGACAGUAAAACAUAACAAAAGUUUACAAACCACUAGAGCUGGAGCUAAACCUAAAGUUAGCAUAUCUCACAUGCAAAUAUUUAUGUAUGUAUUUAAUUACUGCAUAAACUGGCAAACAAGAAGCCAGACAAAGCACAAUGACACUACAGCUGGAUGUUAGCAACUGCUUGGAUGUGGUGAGCUGAGGGUAGCUAUGUUGCAACCACGACCAACACUAGUUACCUUACUGGGCUAAAACUAGCUACGACAGGUUCCUGUCCGACUAAUAUAAUGUCAACUCUGAAUCAGUGUUGAGGUUUGAGUCUGAGGCUUUCUCCGCCUCAAACACUGCACUGAUGUUCCCUGGUGUCAGCUGUACCCAAUAGUUUGAAGCUUCAUUCAUUAAUGUUGACAUUCAAAUUCUAAAUCAAAACAUUAAACAGACAUUAAAGACAAUACUUUGGACUUUGAGAAUAUUAUUCUGAUACUUUAUAGACCAAACGACUAAUCUGGAAAAUAAUUGUUAGGAGUUUCCCUAAUUUGUAGAAAUUGGAUUCCGGUGGUGGCUGUGAAGGAUUGUUUCCCAAUCGUGUGAUCCAAAUAUUUCUAAUAACUCCAGCGACACAAAGGGAGGCGCCCAUCAGGAUUAUCAGGGCGGUCAAGCAGCAUAAAUUACAUUUAUACAAGUUUCCCUUUUUUAGGGUGCCUGACUGCAUCAUUAAAUAUGGUGACAGACAUUCGUUACAGCCUUGCACUUGUGCGUAGGGGAAACCAAGUGUGGUACAGAUAAUAUACAUCUGUACUAUCUCUAUCUCUAUCUCUAUCUAUAUCUAUAUCUAUAUAUAUAUAGAUAUAUAUAUAUAUACACAUACAUACAUACAUACAUACAUACAUACAUACAUACAUACAUACAUACAUACAUACAUACAUACAUACAUACAUACAUGUGGACCAAAGCAAGGAGUGCCUGGCAAAAUGACAAAGCCUCACUGAUGCAUUAUAGUUAUUUUGUGCAAAUACUACUGAUUGCACCUUUUUAAGCUUGAUAUAUAUUUUGCACAGCCACAACAGAUGUUACAAGGAUGCCUAGCAUCAUUCAUCUUUGAGAGAGUAAACUAAAUGUGUAAACUGUACUUUUUUUAGCUUCAGGAGAAGAACGAGGGGGAAACAAGGAUUUACUUAAGCGACAGAUGUUUUGGGAACUAGUUACAGGACUAAGCCUCAGACCUGACCGGUCUGUUUGAAAUUAAGGUUCAUCCGUUUUGUCAAAAAAUUCUCAAAGUGUCAAAGUAAGAUGACUAAAUCUAGAGAUGCCAUAACAUUUUCCCUGGAGGUCCUUAGAAUACUGAACCCAAAACAUUUGUGUACAUUACUCAAACAAGCUAUUGUUGUAAAUGUUGUAGUUCGUCCUGGAUGUUUUUUUUGUUUCAACACAAAUACUAAGGCCAGGGUACUAAGGGUACUAAGGGUAUUAUCUGUGCAGUGAUGUUUCUCCAUGCAGUUUCAGGUUGUUGUUUUUUGAGAAUUUGACCACUCUUAUUUUUCCACCAAGUUACCUACAAGACUAAAAGCAUGGAGUAUGUGGUUUCAUUCAUCAUACAGUGUGAUGUAAAUCUUAGAACUACUGUCUGUAUGAUCGUGUGUAAUAGAUGGCUGUGUAUAUAAAAUAAGUUUCAAUAAAGAAAUGAGUAUGUAUUUCAUGGAGGUUUAUUUAUCCCAUGCAAUGUAGAGGCACCAACAACAUGUUGUGUUCCUGUUAAGCAUAUUACUUCAGUUAAAUAUUUCACUUCCUUUGUAAUAUAUGCAUACAUUCAUUGUUUGUUAAUAUUUUUGCUGCAAUAAAUGAUGGAUGUUAAUUUC